AUGAUUAAAAAAAUCAACUUGAAGUCUAAAAAUUUGAUCUUGAACAUUUCUGAACCAGAUUGGAGGAAAAUGUUUGAGGUCUACUUAAAUCAAGAUAUGAUGAAGCACUUCGUAAAAGAUGAAGAAAUUGAAGCAAAUAGGAAAGCAAUUCAAAAGAAAUUAACUCCUGCAAGAAAACCUCCUACAAAAUACCAUUUAAUUCAUGAAAAACCUCCUCUUUGUUAGUUUUAUUACUUUAUAAGGGGACUUUAUUUUGAAUGUGGUAUUCCAAAUAUAUUAAGACCAGAUCCUAUCAAGGCUUAUGAGAUAUUUUUAUAGGGGUUUGAAGAGAACUAAGACUCACUAUGUGCUUACAAAAUCGCAGCUACACAAUGUAACCCAAAAAAUAGGUGUCGAGUUAAGGUUGAUAAAUAAAAAGCUUUGUUUUUUUUAGUAAUGUCAGCAAUAUUGAUAGAUAUUUAGUAUGAAGGAAACUCUCUCGAUAUCCGUUAACAAAUGUUUAACGUGAUUUAGGUUUAUGAGGAAGGCUAUAAAUUAAGUGAUAUUUUAAUUCAGAGAUAUGGAGGAGCUUAUUUCAGCAAUGAAAUGAAAAGAGUUUACUCUUUAAUGUUUGAUUAUCAAUUCUGUGAGAAUAAGCUACAUGGAUAGGAAAAGUAUGAUACACUAUUAAUAGCAUUACAAAAUUAGAUAAAAAUAUUUGGCGAUUAGUUUUGCUUAAUUUACUUGUUUUAGACUCUCAUUCAGAAAAAUGUGAAUAUUAGCAAAAAUUUAAAGUUGUUCAUAGAUGUUUGCAUAAGUGGAAAGAAAGAAGCUUACAGAGCAGCUCUAAAUCUGUUGUUAAAGGAAUUCGAUUUACUUUCAAAAGCUUAAAGAGAUCAUUUUUUCUUCUUUAAUAAACGUGAAGUGUUCUAUGAGAUGUAUAAUUUCCUUAAAUUUUUUGGAGGACCAGAAAAAUCUGAACUGAUAUAGCAAGUCUUUUAAGUAAAUGAAUUUUUAUUCGAAAAGCAGUUCUUUAUUCUAUAAUCGUCUCUUCAUUAUUCUCAAACCAUGAGAAUUAGAAGCAAAAUUUAUGAAAAAGGAUUAGGUGGAAUUCCCAUCAACUUGACUUUAGCAUUAGAGUCAAUCAAUAAAGAAUUAAGCAUGCCUAAAUAAAAUGAAAAUAGUUAUGCCUAUGCUAAUUAUGUAGCUGCUAAAUUGAAAAGAAAACUGAACUACUAAUACACAGAUUAAUAAGUUAAUGAGCACUUCUAAAAGAGUUACAACUAAUUUACUUCAAGAUUAUAAAGUUAACAGAAUCAAAAAACUGCUAAUAUUGUGUGUCUUUAUUAUUUAGCUAGAAUCUCAAAGCUAUGGAGCAAAAAUUUUCUUGAUACUAAAAAAUUUUAUUUAGAGGCAUUAAAUUUGUACUUAAAUAAUAAAAUCACAAAUAAUAAUGUAACAACUCUGCAAUACGAAAUACUUUGCAUUAAAAUAGAAAAAAAGACAAAUAGCUAAGGUUAGGCAUCCUUAUAUUAUGGGCAUGGCAUAUAAUCUCCUCAAGCUUAAUAGCAGCUUUAAUCUUAGUCUUAAAUGAUUAACAACAAUAACAACCCAUAAAAUUUAGGAUAGUCUAACAUCAAUGGAUUUAAUCAGAAUCCAUAGCAGCAGAUGAAUUAGAGCUAACUAAAUUAAAUGAAUGGAAGCAAGAUUAACGGAUUAGAAUAAAUGCAAUAAAGUAAUUUAAAUGGAAUCCAAAACAGCCAAAAUGGUUUUUAUUAGUAAAACAAUGGAUAAAAUAGUUCUUAAUUAGGGAAUCAAUAAAAUUCUCAAAAUUUAUAUUAAAGUCAGUUAAAUAAUAAUAUGAAUUAGAGUAAUAUAAACAAUCCUAAUAAUCUUUAAAGUAACUUUAAUGGAAAUAAUAAUUUUAAUAAUUAAAGUAAUUAUCAAAACAACCAAAAUAAUCUACCAAGUAAUAUGCAUGCUAGCUUUAAUAAUUAAAAUAAUAAUAUGAAUGGCAGUGUUAUUAACACCAAUCCUAAUAAUUAUAACGCUUAAAAUAACGCAAAUAAUAGUAACAUAUUUAUGAAUAACUAAGGUAAUAACUAUUAAUCUGGUAUAAAUAAUAGAAAUAUUUAAGCCUAACAAUCAAGCUCGAUGAAUCAUUCACUUCCUAAUACUGCGCAUGGAUAAUAGCAACAAUAAUAAAUAAAUUAAUCUAGCCCUCCACAGUAAGUUUAGUUUUAACCUUAAAUUUCAGGAGGAGUAAAUUACAUGAAUGCAAGCAACAACAUAAAAGCUAGUAAUGCUUUGCCUUAUGAAAAUCAAUAAAACAACUUGCAAAAUAGUAAUAUUCUUGCUUAAUAACUGCUUGGUAGCAGUAGCAAUCCUAACAGCCAAGAUAGACAAAAUUAUUUUGAAGCUCAAUAAGGCAAUUAAUAAUUUAACACAAACAGAUCACAAAAUGUAAACUACUAAUAGCAACAUAGUCCAAAUAUAAAUAAGAGUAAUAGUCAAUAACCUAUUUUUAAUUAUAAUAAUAACGAAAAUGCUGGACUUUCUUAGCAACAACUAUAAACAAAUCCAAAUAAUAUUGAUUAUGUAGGAUUAAAUUAUCAAGGAGAUAUAAAAACAUUCUAGACAUAAUAAAAUGAGAACUUUCCCAAAAAUAGCAUGAAUUAGAGAAAUUAGAAUGGUUCAUAACCUUUCUAAAAUAACUCUGCUAAUGGUAAUAUAUUCUAACAAAAUCAAUUUAAAACUAUGAAUGGAAGUGCAGAGUAGCUAUCACCUUACAAGAAAAGUCAACCUAAUUAAAGCAUUUUUGGUAAUAACAUUUAAUCCAAAUACUUAAGUUUUGGGUUUUCCAAUUUUAACAUUAGCAAACCAAUACAAGACAAGAUAAAUCAGCUCAUGAUCAAGAGAACUUUCUUCGAUCCAAAAGACGUAAUUAUUUUAGAUUUCCUUCAUAGAGGUAGCAACUAUACAACAAGCGAAGCAGUCAUACUAAAUAGAAACCCUGUACCUUAACAAUCAUAAAGUUUGCAUUCUAUUAAAAAUAUGGACAUAAAUAUGAUAUCAGCUGAUAAAUUAUCAAAAUUUCGCUCAUAUAAAAAGCACAUGAACAUAUCACCAGAAGACUAGCUUAUCCUCGAUGGAGAACCUGUUGUAGUCAAAUAGUUUUUAAUUAGUAAUCCAAGAGAGGUAGAUGAAAUGUUCUAUUUUAUAGAGAGUCAAGAAAAAAAAUUGAUGAAUUAAUCCAGUUCAAUUAACAACUAAUCUACAAAUGUUAAUAGCUUAGCUUAUUAGCAACAUCUAGCUUAAGUAUUUUUAGGUCAAAGUUUGAUUUAUAUAAAGGGAUUCUCUUACUAGCCUGUUUCAAACGAUGCUAUUUCCCUUUAUUUAUUUUAUCCUGCUUAAUCGUAUAAUCUUUAUGGAGCUAUGAGAAAGAAUUUAUUCUCUCUAUUAGACAAACUUUUAAUCGCCUCUUAUAUUUGUGAUAGCUUGCAAAAUCUACAUGCUAGUAGUAUCUUUCAUCUAAACUUAAAGCCUUCAAAUAUCUUGUUUGAUAGUAAAAAGCAUCCUUAUUUAAGUGGAUGGGAAAUCCGUAAAAAAGAGAAAAUACAGCAAGCAGAAGAAAAUAUUGAUGAUGAUGAGCAAGAUGAUAAAUAUCAAGUUAGUUAUGGCUACACACCUCCCGAAGUAGUAAAUAGCAUAAAUACAUAGAAACCAUAGGUAGCGAUGGCAAAUAAUUUCUCAACUCCACAAAAGAGUUAAUUAGCAAGCUAUGCAACAAACUCUAAUCCAUCUUUUGGCCCAUUAAAUACUGUGUAAGCAUUAUCUCAAUUUGGACCUAACUCAGAUGUUUGGAGUUUAGGGAUGAUUUUUCACUACCUUUUCUUCAGAAUAGAUUCUGGAGAAGGUAACUUUUGUCGUGAUAAAAGAGUAUACGCUGGUUUCAACUUGAUAAUAACUGAGUAUGCAAUAGGAAGUAACUAUUUCUUAGAUAAAAUUAAAGAAUUAAUAGAAGACAUGGUGAAAAGCAAUCCAGAUUAGAGAGCUACUCUCUCUCACGUGAAAGAUUUGUUGUAAAAGCUAUAUAUAGAGUUAGAUACAUAGAUUAAAUAAGACUACUCACCAUCAAGAAGCUAAUAUAGUUCCAUGAAGACUUCAAAUACAGGUUAUUAGAGCAACUAUAAUAGUGUGAAUAAUUAAUGUAAUAAUUAUAACAAUUAAGCAAGCACUCAUUACUCAUAUAAUAACAAUAAUGGAAUGCAUGGUACACCUCAAAUGUAGCUUGGUAAAUAAAUUAGUGGUAUCAAUCGAAGCAACUACUCUCCAAAUAGAUAUGACAUGAAUAACCAUGAUCCCUUUUAUAACAAUGGUGGAAGUUAUAACCAUUUCAAAAGUAAUGUUGACCCAUUCGUAUUAAAUAAUAAUAAUAAUAACUAUUAUGAUUCUGCUUUUAAUUAUAACUCCACUUCUCCAAUGAGAAAUCAUCCAUCACAGCCCUUUUUUAGUCAGAAAAACUUUAGUACAGCUUUUCAACACUGA